ACACACGUUGGAUUCGAACCAUUUGGCAGAGGGGAGCCUGCCCCGGCGGCCUGUCGGAAAUGUCCGAGAUCCGCAAACAGUGUGCGCAGGCGCCCAGAGUUCACGCUUGUGUCGAAAGGCGCGCAUGCGCCCAGUGGACAAAAGGCUCCGGAGGAUGGCUGGCAGGGUACAGAGGGCAAAGGAUCUGUGUACGGGAAUCCCCAACACAACAGUACUGUUAUACUCUUUCGGUUGGUUCACCGGCACUCGAAGACCAUCGAUAUUUGAAUGUGGAGGAGGAGGUGCUUGAGAAGACACCACACCGAUCGUAGCAAGGUGAACGCAAACACGUGUUCAGCAUACGGGCAAGAUUUCGAUGAACUCAUGUGGUGACAACCUGUAAACUGCCUUCAGUCAUUGAAAGAGUGAGCAAUACUUGUUACAGAUCCUCGGAAAAGAAGAUUUGUCCCCCCUUGCAACGUGCAUCUACUUUGUGUCUGAAAUGAAGUUUUCUGUUUUAACUUCUCAUUGAAACCCAUUGGGGACACACCAGUGCAUCUUCACUGGAGACCAGGCUUGUUUUUGUGUGGGACAGAUUCCCUAUGUCCUCCGACAUGUUGAGACACCAGAAAGUUGACAGCCAAGAGAAAUCAUUCACCUGCUCUGACGGUGGGAAGGAAUUGACUGGGUCAGAUGAGCUGCUGGAACGGCAGCGAGUGGGUGCAGGGGAGAGGCUGUUCACCUGCUCUGAGUGUGGUAAGGGAUUCCCGAAGCCAGGUAAGCUUCUGACUCACCAGCGGGUUCACACUGGGGAGAGGCCGUUCAGCUGCUCAACGUGUGGGAAGAGGUUCAUUCAGUUGUCCCAUUUGCAGACUCACCAGCGAAUUCACACCGGGGAGAGGCCAUUGACCUGCUCUGAGUGUGGGAAAGGGUUCAUUCAGUCAUCCGACCUAAAAACUCACCAGCGAGUCCACACUGGGGAACGGCCAUUCACCUGCUCAACGUGUGGAAAGAGAUUCAUUCAGUUGUCUCACUUGCAGACACACCAGCGAGUUCACACCGGGGAGAGGCCGUUCACAUGCUCUGAGUGUGGGAAGGGAUUCACGCAGUCAUCCGACCUGAAAACUCACCAGCGGGUUCACACUGGAGAGAGACCGUUUGCCUGCUCAAUGUGUGGAAAAAGAUUCAUUCAGUUGUCCCAUUUACAGACACACUAUCGAGUUCACACUGGCGAGAGACCGUUCACCUGCUCUGAUUGUGGGAAGGGAUUCACUCAGUCAUCGGACCUGAAGACACACCAGCGGGUUCACACUAGGGAGAGGCCGUACAGCUGCUCAACGUGUGGGAAGAGAUUCAUUCAGUUGUCCCAUUUGCAGACUCACCAGCGGGUUCACACCGGGGAGAGGCCGUUCACCUGCUCUGAGUGUGGGAAGGGAUUCACUCAGUCAUCCGACCUAAAGACUCACCAGCGGAUUCACAGCGAGGAGAGACCGUUCACCUGCCGUGAGUGUGGGAAGAGAUUCACCCAGUCCACCAACCUGAAGACUCACCAGCGAGUUCACACUGGGAAGAUCCUGUUCAUCUGCCCCGUGUGCGGGAAAGGAUUCACGCGCUCAGCUCACCUGGUGACGCACCAGCGAGUUCAUGCCGGGGAGAGGCCGUUCACCUGCUCCGUGUGUGGGAAGAAAUUUAUUCAGUCGCCUGACCUGAUGAGACACCAGCUGUUUCACUCUGGGGAGAAGCCAUGCACCUGCUGACUUUGUUGGCAGGGAUAUACUCAGUCGUAUAGCCGACAGAUACACCGGUGAGUUCACACUAGAGAGGAGUAUUCAUCUGUAGGAAAGGAUCAUUGAAUCGUCUAAACAGCUGGUACACCAGCAAGCUCACACAAGUAAGAGGCCAUUCACAUGCUCAUACUGCGGGAAGGAAGGAACCCUGUGGCGAAAGGGUGAUAAAGACAGCUUUUGGUACAUUGGCCUUUAUAAAUCAAAGUAUUGAGUAUAAGAGUUGGAAUGUAAUGGUGAGGUUGUAUAAGGCAUUGGUGAGACUGAAUUUGGAGUAUUGUGUGCAGUUUUAGUCACCUAAUUACAGGAAGGAUAUUAAUAAGGUUGAAAGAGAGCAGAGAAGGUUUACAAGGAUGUUGCCGGGACUUGAGAAACUGAGUUACAGAGAAAGGUUGAAUAGGUUAGGACUUUGUUCCCUGGAGCAUAGAAGAAUGAGGGGUGAUUUGAUAGAGGUGUAUAAAAUUAUGAUGGGUACAGAUAGAGUGAAUGCAAGCAGGCUUUUUCCACUGAGGCCAGGGGAGAAAAAAA